AUGAGGCCAACGCACUCACUCCUCCUCCUGCUGUUCCUCCUCGCCUGCCUGGGCCCAAAGCCAGGAGAUGCGGCCGCAACGCUGCAGCCAGCUGGAGGCAGGGACAAUUUGGCGGACCUGGUACCAGUCGUCAUUCAUCUGGCACCACCAGCACAAGCAGCAUCAAUGCCUGAAAGUGACAAAACAAAGAGCACCGACAGCAAGGCAGCUGAUCCCAGCCAGAAGAAUGAUCAAUCAUUGUACGUGGCCAAUGGCACGGGGCAGCGAGGGGCUGCGGCAACAAAGACCAAAUUGGUUGACGAUGCCAGCCAGGCAGACGCGCAAAUGCCCUUAUCCAGCGAACAGACCCGUCAGCCCAACGCUGAGGAAAUUGUCUUUGAGCGCAUCUUGCCAGCCACCCAGUCAAACUAUCACAAUUCGGUUGAGGAGUGUGACCCAGAUUUGCUGGGCUUUGAAAUUAUCACGGGUAAUGUCAUUUACAGUUAUGUUUUCUCAGCGCCGGGAAGACUGCUGGACUCAUUACCCGGCACCUUGAUGCUCACAGACUGUUUGGAAUCUUGUCAGAGCAAUGAAACAUGUCAGGCCGUCAACUAUGAGACAGGACUUUGUGUUCUAUUUUCAUCUAAUGCUGAUAUUUUGCCAGGUGCCCUGACAAAAUCACAAUUUCCAGUUUUUACGAUAUAUGCACAAAAAACCUGCUUGGGAGUGCGCCCGUGUGCCAGAGCUUGGUGCAUUGAUCGCGUCCAAAACUACAGACUGGAUGGACAUGCAAAACGGGUCAUUUCGGUCACCUCUCGUCGUGAUUGCCUCGAGCUGUGUCUCGGAGAAACUGAAUUCAUAUGCAGGUCGGCAAACUAUUAUCGCGAUUCAAAUACUUGUGAGCUGGCCGAAAUGGACCGCUUUACGUUGGCGGGUUCGAACUCCUUCCAGGCGCAUGUCGGCACAGAAUAUUUGGAAAACAAUUGUGCGGAGGAACCAAAUAAACUCUGUGAAUUCAAGCGCUUGCCGGGCAGAAUUCUGAAAACUGUGGACUCGGUAUAUCAAGAUGUUGGCAGCGUUGACGAGUGCCGCGACCUGUGUCUCAAUUCGCCAUACAGAUGCCAUUCGUAUGAUUACGGGGACACCGGCGACAUGGUCUGUCGACUCUCGCACCACAGUCGGGCAACGCUUUCGGACGUGCAAGAUCCCUAUUUGGAGGUGCCUGAGGCGUCUACCUAUGAGCUGUCAUCCUGCUAUAAUGUGACCAUCGAAUGCGGCGCCGGAGACAUGGUCGCUCGCAUACGCACAUCGAAGCUCUUCGAUGGCAAGGUCUACGCCAAGGGCGCGCCCAAAUCUUGUGCCGUGGACGUGAGCGGUUCGUUGGACUUUGAGAUACGCAUGGGCUACCAGAAUCUCGAGUGCAAUGUGCGUCAAAGUGGUUCGGGUCGCUACAUGAACGAUGUGGUCAUUCAGCACCACGACACCAUAGUCACGUCUUCAGAUCUCGGCCUGGCAGUUACCUGUCAAUAUGAUCUGACCAACAAGUCGGUGACAAAUGAUGUUGACCUGGGCGUGAAGGGCGAUGUGGAGACAGCGCUCUCCGAGGAGGUUAUCGUCGAUUCGCCCAAUGUAUUAAUGAGAAUCACUUCGAGAGACGGUUCCGAUAUGAUGCGCUCCGCAGAGGUGGGCGAUCAGCUAGCUCUCAACUUUGAAAUAGCCGACCCACAGAGCCCCUAUGAAAUAUUCGUACGUGAACUCGUGGCGAUGGAUGGCGCUGAUAACGCAGAGAUAACGCUCAUAGACUCACAAGGCUGUCCCACAGAUCACCUAAUCAUGGGGCCUAUCUACAAAAGCGCUUUGUCGGGCAAGAUUCUAUUUUCGAAUUUCGAUGCCUUCAAGUUCCCAUCGAGUGACGUCGUACAGUUCCGUGCUCUAGUAACGCCCUGUAUGCCCAGCUGUGAGCCGGUGCAAUGCGAACAGGACGAUAUUACGGCGGAGUUUAGGACACAAGUAUCUUAUGGACGCCGGCGGAGGCGCGAGACCUUUGCAGAAUCAAAUGUCGUGGGUCAUCAGCAGCAUCAGUUGUGGCGCACAAGUCGCGAGGCCAAAUCUGGCAUGGGCAAGAACAAGCCCAGCCAGGAGGAUUUGCUUCUGGUGCAAUCGAUUCAGAUAACCGAUAAAUUUGGCUUCGCUAAGAAGCAGCAAUCGGAGCAGCAGACAAAUCGGGUCAGGGACUACGAUAAUUAUGACAAUGUGCUCUUUGUCAAUGACGCAGUGCCUGGCUUAUGCUUUGAUGGCAUCGGCUUUAUUGUUGCUGCCACCGUGUUUUUUGUGGCCCAGUUCAUUGUUAUUGCCAUUUGGUCAUUUUUAUACCGGCGACGACAAGUCCACCAGCCAUAUGUUAAUCACUUUCUGAAUGCGGCAACAAAGUACCGGGGCAAUGGCUGCAACAAUAUCACAUUUGAUAAAUAAUCUGAUAACCCCCACCCAGCGAGCGGACUCGAUGAUAUACCCACUUUGGCAGCCGGGCCCCAGCUUGGGAGCCCGAACUGCGGUAGUUAGUAUGUAAUUGGGGCCCCUUUUUGAAUUGUGAGAAAUCCUGGAGUCGGUGCAACAUGAUGCAAUAUUUUCGAUAUGAAAUCGUAGGAACGCGUAGCUUAAUUUAAGUGAACAAAUUAAAAAUAUAAACAAGUGAUAUUUCGAAA